CCCGUAUGUACUCCCGAGCUCUCUUAUCCGGUACUUCAGCGGAAACAUGUCGGGGAGGAGAGAGCCUUGCGGAGGAACUGCGUUUUCGAAAUGUACACCUGAGACAUAAAUUGAACGUUUAAUCUGUCCGGACGGACGAGUUAGCAAACUGCUGGGGCCACGUUACUAUUUCACGGAAGCCGGCUAGUCGGGAGCGAACGGACGGAUAAAGACAAGACAGCCCGGGGAUUUAUCAGAGGAGAUAGCCGACUAGCAGCAGGCAGGGGCCGGGUGGGUAGAGAGAGAGAGAGAGGGGGGGGGAGACAGCGUGUGCGUGCUCAAAACAAGCCGGGCUUGCUGCUUAGAAGGGGAUGUUAUCCGUACUGUCGUAUGGCAGACUGGUAGCCAGGGCUGUCCUGGGCGGACUCUCUCAGACGGACAGUCGGGACUACAGCCUGAUCACCGCCAGUUGUGGCUUCGGCAAAGACUUUCGAAAGGGGAUCCUGAAGAAAGGGAUGUGCUACGGAGACGAUGCCUGCUUCAUUGCGCGCAACAAGAACGCCGAUGUUUUGGGUGUUGCAGACGGUGUAGGUGGCUGGCGGGACUACGGUGUCGACCCAUCCCAGUUCUCCACCACAUUAAUGAGAACCUGUGAGCGACUGGUGAAGGAGGGUCGCUUCACUCCCAGUAGCCCAGUGGGUAUCCUCACCUCUGGCUACUAUGAGCUUCUACAGAACAAAGUACCCCUGCUAGGGAGCAGCACAGCCUGUAUCCUGGCUCUGGAUCGACGGAGUCACCGGCUACACACGUGCAACCUCGGCGACUCGGGCUUCCUGGUGGUUCGGGAAGGAGAGGUGGUUCAUCGCUCAGACGAGCAGCAGCACUAUUUCAACACGCCCUUCCAGCUGUCCAUCGCUCCACCUGGAUCUGAAGGGGUGGUGCUCAGUGACAGCCCUGAAGCAGCUGACAGCUCCUCCUUCGACGUGCAGCUCGGUGACAUCAUCCUGACGGCGACCGACGGCCUGUUUGACAACAUGCCGGACUACAUGAUACUCCAGGAGCUCAAAAAACUCAAGACUUCCAACUAUGACAGCAUCCUGCAGACUGCACAGAGUAUUGCAAAGCAAGCUCACGAUCUUGCCUACGACCCCAAUUAUAUGUCUCCUUUUGCACAGUUUGCCUGUGACAAUGGUCUGAAUGUAAGGGGAGGGAAGCCAGAUGAUAUCACGGUGCUGCUGUCCAUUGUGGCUGAAUAUACAGACUGAAAGUGUGUGUGUGUGUGUGUGUGUGUGUGUGUGUGUGUGUGUGUGUGUGCGCGUGCACGCUUCUCUGGGGCGGAUCCUCUCUUCCUGUCUGCCUGAGUCUUCCACCUGCAGCCCUCCCAAAAAUGCACUGCAUCCCGUGGGCUGACAGGGGGGAGGCCCAACAACACGACACACUCCUCGCUGCGGGGGCCGACGUCCAUCUGUGUACAUUUUUGUUUUCUUCCACUGUUUUUGUUUUGGUGCUUGAACGGUUGAGGAGAAGCAGGCAGCUCGGACAUUUCAUGUUGACCAUGGCGCAGGAGGAGCAGAGUACGACGGGCUGAGCCGUGCCUUUCAGUCUCAUUGUGGGGCAUAAACACUUUUUAGGUGAUGUGACUGAGAGACGGUCAAGGACGGGGCUUUAAAACCUGGUCGCCCUGAUGUAAAAAAGUGAAAAAUAACAGGAGUAGGUGAAGGAUUUGAAUUCUUGGGAGAAUAGUGAUAGAGUUGAGUACUGAACCCGGCUAGCUGUUGUUCCAGUUGUUACACUGUUCCUCGUUGUAAAUGUGUUUCAACAAAGCAUCGAGAUGGGCUGAGGAAGAUGAAGCUAGUAAUGGAAGGGAGUUCUUAGAGAAUAGGAUUUAAAAGUUGGGUUUCAGUGUCUCGGUUUUGGGAAUGUGAACGAUGGAAGAGCCACUAGUAAUUUCUCCGAUCAAAGAAACUUGCAAAGGGAAACCAUAAUGCUUGUUUUUUUUUUGUUUUUUUGUCACUUGGCUGUAAAUAUUUUUGUGUUUUUUUUUUAGGGCCUGGUUCUGGCCUUUCUGUUGUCUUUGUUUCAGUUGAUUAAAGCUAUUUCGUUACUAUAGUGGAUGAUGUACACAGGCAUUCAUAAACAUUUUUUCUUGUAUAGAUGUUAAUCUUGAAGUGAGUUUUCUCAAUCCUACACUUCCACUCGCUGAAAUGAACAAGAAGAGAGAUUGAUUGCUGCAACAGUUGUGUGGUAGGAAGGAUGGUGAAGUGUGUGUGCGAGUGAGGUAUUCAUGUGAGAAGUCGUUAUUGGAAUGUGCUGUGUAUUUUAAUGUCGAUAUGUUUCGCCACACAAAGCUAAAGCUAGCAUCUGGGAAUGCUUACAAUUGCAAUGAUGGGUCAGGCAUGAGUUUAAAGGAAAAGAUGUAUUUUUUUAAUGUUAUUUAGUUUUUAAAGUAAGAGUGUAAAUGCUGACAUGACUUAUGUGUGAUCGAUGACCGAUCGAGCUAUCUUAACGAGAAUCAGGUUUGUGUACGCGCGUGUCUGAAUGUUUUUAUUAUUUUUCUGUUCCUUAUUUCCCUUUAAUUGUGUUUGCUGCUUCUCUUUUGUAAUCCAGAUGUCUGUACAUGAAUUGACAUGAUUCAUAUGAACAUGGUCACAAUGAUUGUGUGUGUGUGUGUGUGUGUGUGUGUAUGUAAAUUUGUGUGAUGCGUCAAACAACAUUUAUCAACUGAUAAUACUGUUCUGCUCACGAUAGUCUGCUCACCCGAGUGGUUUGGACAAUGUCUUUACAGUUUAAAAGCAGGUGCACCAAAGAUGCAUUUUCUUGGUGUAUGUCAUACACAACGCUUUGUUGUUACAAAUAUCAUACAGCAAUACUGUAAAUUCCUUGUGCUCUGAAUCUUGCGUGAUGGCCAGAGGUGUGGGUGGAAAUGUUCAGAGGGGCAUUCAAAUCUCUUUUCUAUGCCUAAAGUUUGUUUUAUCAGUGAAAAAGCUGUAUUAUAUUGUGGGGUUUAAGUUAUACGUGACUGGUUGCAAAGUAUAAGACAGGUUUAUGAAACCAAAGAAGGAAAGCCAUAUAUACACAUAAAGGACAUUAUUAUUAUUAUUAAUGAAAUAUUAUCCGUCUUACUGCCUGCACUGUUAAUUUUGCAUGGUUUGUCUCAGCUACGGCCACCAUUUAAGUUAUGUUCACACAGUUUUUGUCCGUUCUUGUCUUGGUGGUUUAUAAAUGGUGUAUAAAGGUUGUGAACUUGUAUUUACUUCAAAGAUAGCCCUAUACUUGACAGAGAUGUAACCCAUAUGCAGAAGGAGUGGUGUGAACUAACAGUAUUGGGGUGAGCACAGUUUCAGCCUUAACAAAUAGCUAGACCUGUAAUCAAGAGGCCUUCCCUGUCGUUUCAAGCUUGCGAUGUCUCUGUUAUGUUGCCCUUGUGUUUGAUGUAAAUGAAAGUCUGCCCCAGUCUUUCUCUCCUGUGAAGUUGUGCUCAAAGGUGCUUCUGCAGUCCGUAUGGUAUGAUUGUCCUCUUUUCAGCAAGCGAUGUUUGUGUGUAUGAGAGAAACACCUAUGUCUACAGUGUAACAAUGCAGGUCUAAUUUAUGUAAAUAUGUUUUGAAAUAUGUACAAUAUUUAAAUAAAGAAUCUAGUAUUUAUACUAAA